UGAUUAAUCAUUAGAAACUUGUAUCCAAUCGAUUUAUUCUUAGUGGACAAAAGCGUGUUGUAGCUUAACUUUAAUUAAAAAUGAAUUCUUCGUAUUAGAAGAACUGUAUAGUGCCCCAGUGUAAAAGUACAACUCUAAACACGCCAAACAAAUUAUUUAUUUAUGUUCCUCAGAAUGAACAAAUACGGAAAAAGUGGCUAAAGCUUGCAAAGAGGGUUGAUUUUAAUAGUUUAUCCACAAUUUCAAGAAUAUAUUUUUGUGAAGACCAUUUCGAUUUGCCAAAUGAUAUGGAAAAUUAUAUCGAGUACAUUGCUAUGGGAAAAGUAUCAAAAGUGUGUUUGAAACCAGGUUGUGCUCCAAGUAACUUUGAAUGUCAAGAAGAUGGACGAAAACGACCAUGCAACAGUACAGAACAGUCGGAUACAUUAAAAGAAAAAAGAAUGAUGGUAAUGGCAGAGGGUCUGAUUAAACCAGAAGAAAGUUGUACACCAAGUUCAUCUUUCAAAGAUACUUCUGAUAAAAGUUCGAAUGGAGCAAAUGUGCCAGAAAUUUUUUGUGAAGUGAAAUCAAGAGACGAGACAUUAUUACCUUUGAAACCGUCACUAAUAUCUGUUGCCACAUCCUCAUCAAAGGCUGAAACUAUUUUAAAAUCAAGUCCUACUGUGUCCGACCUAAGAAAAAUUAAUGGAAAUAUAUUGAUUGAAGAAAAGCACUCUGAAAUUAUUAUUAAAAAAGAAAAAUUUGAUGAAAGUAAUUCAAUCGAACAUAUAACAAUUAAAGAAGAAAAUAAUAUAAUGGAGGAUCAUGAACCAAUUAAAAAGGAAAUACAAGAAGAAAAUGUUACAACAAAACACGAAAGGAUUGAUUUGAAUGAAGAGUUUUCCCAGGAUAAAAAUAAAACAGUUGAAGUUGAGAAUCAAUUAAAUACAGAAAUUAUAAUAAAGGAGGAAAUAUUUGAUGAAACUGUUUUUGAUCAUCAAUCAAUUCAAAAUGAAGACAAAAAUAUUUCAUGUGACGUUUCUGAUAAAAAUUUUCAAAACAGUUUAGUUGUACAUAAAUGGACGCAUACUGGAGAAAAACCAUUUUCCUGUGAAAUUUGUGAUAAAGCAUUUACUUCCAAAAACAAUUUAAUUGUACAUGAACGAAUUCACAGUGGUGAAAAACCUUUUUUCUGUGAAUUUUGUGAUAAAUCAUUUUCUCAGAGAAGCAAUUUUGAUUAUCAUAAACGGACGCAUACUGGAGAAAAACCAUUUUCUUGUAACAUUUGCGAUAAAUCAUUUACUCAGAAAACCAUUUUAGAUAGUCAUACACGGACUCAUACUGGCGAAAAACAUUUUGUCUGUGAAAUUUGUGAUAAAGUAUUUACUUACAAACCCAAUUUACUUAGACAUGAACGAAUUCAUAGUGGAAGAAAACCUUUUUCCUGUGACGUUUGUGAUAAAACAUUUACUAUUCGAGACAAUUUAAUUACACACAAACGAAUGCAUACUAGAGAAAAACCAUUUUCCUGUGACGUUUGUGAUAAAUCAUUUACUACGCGAAGCAGUGUAAUUACACACAAACGAAUUCAUAGUGGAAGAAAACCUUAUUCCUGUGAGGUUUGUGAUAAAUCGUUUACUCAGAAAAUCAGUUUAGAUAAUCAUAAACGGACUCAUACUCAAGAAAAACCAUUUUCUUUAACAGACUCUUAUUGA